AUGGAAAAUGACUAUGGCGGCUAUCGAUGUCCCUGCUGUAUGCUGAAUUGCUACUUUGACGGCACGAAGAAUCAAUGCUAUCCGACCAAGGACUACGAGCCGUUUUGCCCUGAUUUACCCGCCACCAUCACCUGGGCUCCGGAAGGGCCUGCCUAUUACGAUGCGUAUGGCAGUGUAGCGGGAAUCAAGUGUGACACAGGACUCCAUUGCUAUUAUGAUGGAUCGAUGAAUCAGUGCUACAUGUCGGAGGAAGCAAUGGCCGAUUGUCCCCCGUUGCCGGCGAGUGUCACCUGGCCGCCAAACGGCGGU